GGAGCGUCGCAAUGCGCCUGCUCGGUGUAGUAGCCGGUUAUGGCGGCCGUGCGUGUUUGUCCAUGAGGUGGGGGACGCCUGCUGUACCUGCGGUCUGUGACACAGCAACCCGAGCGACUCGCCGCCAUGGCCGGAGUGUUUGACAUCGAUCUGGACCAGCCGGAGGAAAAUGUCUCCGACGACGAGAACGAUGAGACUCAAAACAUUGACAUCAUGGAUCAGUGCAGUGGGUUUGAGUUCAAUAUGGACGACUGUGAGAAGAUCGAGAUCUCCGAGGACAACGUCAAUCAGGGGACGGAGAACAUCAGACCAGAGUGCUUCGAGCUGCUGCGGGUGCUCGGAAAAGGCGGCUAUGGAAAGGUUUUCCAAGUUCGGAAGGUUGUCGGAGCUGCAGCCGGCAAAAUAUUUGCCAUGAAAGUUUUAAAAAAGGCUAUGAUUGUACGUAACGCUAAGGACACGGCUCAUACCAAGGCAGAGAGGAACAUCCUGGAGGAAGUGAAGCAUCCCUUCAUCGUUGAUCUCAUCUACGCCUUCCAGACGGGAGGGAAGCUCUAUCUCAUCCUGGAGUACCUCAGUGGAGGAGAGCUCUUCAUGCAGCUGGAGAGAGAGGGCAUCUUCAUGGAAGACACAGCCUGGUGAGGAUUGUUUGGCAUCAGAUUUCAGUCAUUUACUGCUGACAUUAUUAUUGAUUUUAUUUUAUUUGUUCCCCGUUCUUCUGUUUUGCAUCAUGUGACAGGAAGUCGCCUUUGAAGGUUCUGACUUGUCCAAGCAAGUUGUCAUGUAGAAGUGUUAAUCCAGCUUGCAGUGAUAGCGUCUUAUGGGAACAUUUAAGUCAAAUAAAUUUGAGUACAUCUAUUCAAUGUUCUGUAAUAAUUGAGUGGUUGUUUAUGAUGUGUCAGGAAGAAGCAUCUUUGGUGCUGCUGAUCAGAACUGGUCAGAAUAAGAUUCAGCUCCUCGGCAACAAAAACUCCAGCUGGAUUUCAUGUGAAACAAAACAUAAAUAUGUUAAGAACCCUCAUAUGUCUGCUGUUGGGGAUAUAGCAGAGGAUUUGUGAUGAAGUUGGCCAACGCUGGGUUAACUUGUUAAACAUCUUGGCAUCACAAACUCCAAGACAUUGUAGUCUUUCAAACUGAUUACGAUGGCCAAGUAGGAAAUGAUUCAGCAGGAACAAAGUUAACUUUCCUCUAAGACGAUAUAAUUUUUCAGACCGGAAGCUGAUAGAGAACGUGAGGUGAGCUGGAGCAUAAGGGGGGGGGACACUGGACUCUGGAUGAGCUGCAGAGAUUGUGCAAAGACAACUGGUCAAAGAUUGUUCUCUCUGUACGCUCCAAUCUGGAGAAAAGAGGAGG